AUGGAAAGCACUGCGCUCAAAAAGCUCCAGGCGACAUGCACGGCGCUUAAAGACGAGAUGACGGCGUUGUAUGAUCAACGUGGAUCGCGACAUUGUGAUGAAUCAUAUAUCAAGAAACGACGUUGGAAUCUUUUGCUUCAUUUAUGUGCGAUGAAAAGUGGUCUGCGCGAUACAUUCUUAGAGUCGGACGCUCGUCGUACACGCGUACAAGAGCAAAAGAAUCUAGCGGAAACGCAUCAAUUGCAACUACAAAAUUUACUGUAUGAAAAAGACCAUUUGUUACGCGAAAUUCAAAGUUGUCGAGGAUUUAGUACCAAGGAAUUAGAUAAGAUUGAUUUUGUGGAUGGACCAAUUCCUAUCCAAGUUGACGCUGAUGUGCAUCGGCAGCAUCUAAAUCAACUCACUCAAGAGUUGAAUGCUCGUAAACGUUUGCAAGCUGAGCUCAAGGAGAUUAAAGCUAAGAUUGCGGUGAUAAAUAAUGUCAUAGAAACAAAACAGACAUUCUUGGAUGAAUUACCUCAUCAUUUAGCGGGUAUCGAAGCUGCUACCAUGGGAUUACAAGAGUAUAUGGGUCAAAAUAUUACAGUUCAACGAAAUGAACAACAGGUAGCAGGGACAGAAUUACCAACGCCACUUUAUGCGCUAUAUUGUGAGCUAGAAGCAUAUCAGAUGGCAAGUGGAGAAGCAGGCAAGCAAUUACGUCUCGAAAUCGUCGACUCCAUAGGGAUCAAGUACAGCACUUUGUCUCGAAAACGUGGAUUUCCUUCUGCUCUAGAGCGACAGAACGUUUCAGCUGCUGAAAAGCGACUUAAGGCAUCGUCUCGCUCACCAUCGAUCAGCGUGACGGUCGAGACUCCACCACAUAAUCGUGCGCCGUCGCGAUCGCCAUCAUCAAAACGGAAAAUUGACUGCUCAACUCCAGAGCCAGAAAUUGGAGAGAUUGUUGUACCUCCCACUGCUGAAAAGCUGCUGGAAUUGCGUCCUCAUGAAGACGAGACAAAAGAAGAAAGAAGUUUGCUUAAGCACUUGCACCAGCAACAGGAUGAUAACACUGAUUCCAAAUUAUGUCGUGUACAAAACCUUUGGGAGCCACAUGCAAAGGCACUGCAGCUGGUUGUUUCUAUCACGACUCCAUCGAGUACUGGCAACAUAUCUGCAACGUUUAUUGUCAUGUUCCAGUACUUUCCGGUGGCUAAGAUGGUUACCGCUGAGAUAGUUGAAACAGCUCCUGCUGGUCUGAAUUUCGGCAGCCAUCGACGUAAUAUUCUGAUGUAUUUAUUUCCAGGCGACGAUGGUCUGACGGUGCCUCAGCUGGUCGUGAACUAUGCUUUUCAAGAAGACGACAAGGCGUGUAUGGAGAUUGAAUACCCGAUAAACGCAGCAUGUCGUCCGUAUUAUUGGACGCAGUGGAUUUGUGGUCUGAACCCUAUGAAGCGCCCAGAUCCGUCAAUUUCGAAUGCCGAUCCUAGCGACGAUCGACCGCCUCGUCGUCCAGAACCGUCGAUCCGAAAUGUCAUGAAUCAGCUCAUUAAUCGUUUUGUGGCGACCACAGUGCUUAUGUCACAUUUAGACCAAUUGGCUAAAGUUUCAAGCAAGUCUAUCGAGGAUCACAUAUCGUUUGUACACCCACUUGCACAACAUAUCUUUCCACGCGAAAUCCAGGCUCAUUUAGAAGAGUGGAUUGAAAUUCCGACACCAAGUCAAGACCUCUUUCAAUUAUUUAAAGAAACCACAACUUUAUUGAAGCGGCCUCGUGCGCAAUGUCAUCUUUCGACGACUGGCUGUCGCUACUUUCGUGCUGGUUUUCAGCAUGGACAUACGAAAGUGUCUGCGAUUGUGGAGAUAUCGCCAGAAUAUCCAGUACGAGCUCCACGAUUUCUUUUCCAGCCUCGUUUAACGAUGAGUAACAAAGCUUUGGACAAGGAUAGCCUUUUGGUAUAUGAAAAUCAGCUGAAGGAGCUUGAAAUUGAGGUGAAUGCGUAUUACGACGAAUUGAUUCCUCAGGGUACUGAACACUAUUUGCUAUUUCAUCAACUGCCUCGUGAACGUCGUGGCAAAGAUCGUCGACACGCAAUGGUGAUGGAUACUGAAGCAAAUUGCUUGCGUCACAGAUAA